CCCAGGGCCGGUUAUUACGAUCACUUAGUCGGACCUCGUCAGUAGCUCCCUGCAGAUGUCGCAGCUUCCGGGUUUGCAUACGACUACUUCGCAAGUGAAAAUCAAGAUGAAGCGCUACAGUCAAAGAAGCUGCGAUAGCCAAUGGUCCAGAAAUUAUGCUUCGGUCGUUGUAUUCAUUCUUUUUCUAGGUCUUUCAGACGGAAUUCAAAUUUAUCGCAGCUUAGACCCAGAAUUCCAAAGCCCAUUGUCCUCAGCUCCCGGUGGAGAAAGUCUUGCCACUCUACCAGAGAAGAAGCUACGGCAGGAAUUAAACAUUACUUCCUUCAAGCUUAAAGACUGGAGUGCAAACAAUGAUUCCAACACAAAGCUAGUAAUUUCAACAGCUGCUUUAAGCCCGCAAGCAGAUUAUCCGAAUGCAGGGCCAAAGAUAAAUCCAAGGAAAAUUCGUGACUUUCCUCACGAGUUCGAUGCGGCUUCGCACAGACGAGGUCAGUACAGGGAAGCAUACGGCUACGACCCUGCUAGCCCCAGAGAAAGUUUGUAUCAGAACCAAAAGAUCGAUCAUCAAAAUGAACAAAGUCGCCAGAGGGAAUCUUACAGGGAUUGGACUGAAUCGAACCAUGCUGGCAUUCGGUCUUAUGGCAACCCCCAAACAUACGAAACCAGCCACGGACCUUUGGACGAGACGAUAGUGAAGAUCACGAAGCUGGACGUGCCGGCAAUCGUGAAGAAUGGCGAGGACGUCGACCUGAGGUGCCACUUUGAGUUGCUGGGCAAGAAGAACAAACUCUACACCGUCAACUGGUGGCGGGGUGCCAACCAGUUCUACAACUACAAGGCUAACAAAAAAGGCCCCAAAAGUGCCUACACCUUCGAUGGAAUAUCAGUAGACGAAGAGCUCUCCACGUCGAGCACCGUGCGUCUGCGCAACGUGUCCGAGAAGACGAGCGGAACCUACAAGUGCGAAGUCAUGGCUGAAGGACCCGCUUUCAAAACCGCUGUGGAGAAGCAGACUAUGACCGUCAUUGUUCCUCCGGAAGUUGUGCGCAUCAAGACGUUAUGGGACGGUCUUGCCUCCCACAUGUACCGCGUAGAUGACCUUGUCGAUCUCAACUGUACUGCCAUCGGCGCCAAGCCUCGGGCUGACCUCUCGUGGGAGAUGAACGGCAGACCGUUGAACGACCUGGACAGCCUCCCGUUCCCCGACUACGAGGACCAGAACGGCCGGGUCACCAGCUCCAUAGGCUUGAAGUUUCUGGCGCCUAAAUACUUCGAGGACCUGACUGCCACGGUGACGUGUGUGGCCAACGUCGCGGGCUACCGCACGACCGAAGACAGGAAGCUCUACCUCGACUCCAGCGCCACCUACCACCACAUCUUUGCCAGGGCCUGUGGUCUGGAAAUGGCGAUCCAGUGGCUUCUCUUCACCGCCCUGGUGCAUCUCGCUUUACUGUGAAAUAGAAUACGUAUGUAAGCGCACUUCAUUUCAGCUGAAGAGCAAUGCGGUGCAUUUUAAAGGAAUAGCACCACACUUUCGUUUUUAAAAUGAACCCAGCAAUGUUGUUUAAAAAAAUCACUGCGAAUGCCGUUCAAAAAAGAGCACCUCGGUGCAGCUUAAAAGAUCACUGAGGUGCAGUUCAACUGAAGAGCACCGCGGUGCCGUUCAAAAAAGAGGACCUCGGUGCAUCUUAAAAGAUAACUGAGGUGCAGCUCAAAAGAUCACUGAGGUGCCGUUCAAAAAAGAGCAUCCUGGUGCAUCUUAAAAGAUCACUGAGGUGCAGUUCAAAAAGAGCAGUGUAGCUCAAGUGGAGAACAUCGCUAAGUGCAAUGGAAGUAGCGCAGUGCAGAUUCUUUGGCCGAGUGGUAGUGAGUGGACGCUUGCUGAAAAAAAUAAUACAUCUAUACACUUUUUCAGAAUUAUGCACAAUUUAAAUUUUUUCACAGCAUAAUUAACCUACAGACUGGUUCACUUUUACAUUGUCUUUACUCCAGAUACAUAAAAUUAUAGUUCCUGCAAACAUGAGUUGAACAAAUCGCCGCUAAAACUGUCGUCAUGGUUCAGGGUCAAUCUCAAAUUUGAGGCUACUCGAAGCUCUACCCCUUAACGAUUUUUUAUAUUUAAUUCUUCGUUAAUCAAGAAUCAUUCAUCUACACCAGUGAUCCCUCGAUUUUUUAAAUAAUUUAUUGUUCAUAACCGACGUAGUUAUAGGUUUACAAGUUACUAAGUUAAUUGUAUGCAAAAGUUUCGUUACAUUUUUAUGAGCAAAUUUUUGUUAAAUUUGGAAAUAAUUUAAACGACACUAGUGCUUGCCGCAGUAUUUUUCGAAAAUUUGCGUUCCAAUUCGCCUCAGUAACUAUUAAUCUGUUCUGCCUAAUUACCUUAAACUCCUGAUUAAAGCGAGCUCGAGUUGCGUCUGUAUAUAUAACCUCAAAUAUCGCAAGUAAUUCAACAGGCAUAAUUUUUUCUAUUUUGAUUCUUGAACUGUCGUAAGCUACAUGAUUAUUAUUCAUUUAUUUUCCAUAGUUUUUAUAAAAUGUUAAAUCAAUUGAGAUCCUUUAACCUUGAAACACGAGUAAAAAGUUCUAACUUUAGACUACUCUGCGCGAGUAUAUGUGAGGUAUCGAAAUUUUUCACGGAUUGAAUUCAUUUCAGAUUAGUUCCAUACUACCAAAAUUAUUUACAAGUUAUGUUAUUCCAGGAAUAUUAUCACGUGCAUGCGCGUUAGUUGUGCCAUUACAAACAUUCUGAUGAUCCUGCCGCAGCAAUUUUUUUGUUACCAUGGCAACAUAUUUUGACGACGCCAUACUGUGCAGGAGAGAAACAAGUAAUUUAGGCUGCUAAUUGUUAUUGUUUAAAAAGCUUCUUAAUCUGCACAUGCAGUCCAAAAAGUUGCAGAAUGUGUCAAUUUCCUCAAAAAAAUGACAGGCGUUCAAUUAAUUGCAUGUGUAGUGGAUUCUCGAAUAUAUUACUAAUAUGAAUUCAAUUGUAUUUUAUCUCCAUGAUAUCGAAGCGAUGGUUGUAGUUUGUGUUAUGCAAUUUGUUGAUGAAAAUGGCUGGUAAUAAUUUAAUUGAAUUUAAUCUUUUAUUAGAUAUUUUUAAUUUCACGUCAAGGAUGUUUUUGACUGUACAUUUACAAAGUUUACGACAAUAAUGAGCAGGUAUAAAUAUAUAUAGUAGCAAUGAGCAGAAUGUACAUAGAUCUACGAUCGAAUAAGUCUAACAUUGAUUGCAGCUUAUCUUAUACAGGUUAAUCUUUGAGCUUAAGUGAACCUUGUGUGACCCUAGCCUAUGAUAAAACCUUCGCGUUAGUCAAGACCUAGUCAAAAUAUUGCCUCGGUCAGCACCUUCUCUAAAUAGUGCAUCUGACGCUUUCAAGCCCAUAAGGGACAAAGAAGACUCCAAAUUUACUGCUUAACAUUUCAAAUCCUCACUCUACCUCCAUAUUGGAUUGAUAAUUAAUCUUACAAUACAGAAAUAAAUUAUUAUACACAGUUCAAAAUGUCCUUCCCAUAUUACAUACUAUUCGUGACAAAUCUCAGCUCCGCAGCUCAGUACGUGGUAAAAGCUCAUACAAUCAGAGCUGGGCAUGUGUGCGUUCUAUUAUAAGAACUAAAUAAUUAAAUAUUUCCGCAUAAUCGAGCAAAAAAUUAUCCCUAUCUGAAAAAAAUCCACUGAUAUUUUAUUCAUCAUCCAAAUAUACAUGCUAGGCACACUAAGUUCUGCCAUGCCUAGAGUUACGACAGCCAACUGCGUGUCGGCCAUCCGAUGUCAGACGGAGGACAUGCUUACAUUACAGUGUAUGUUAUCCCAAAGUGAGUAAUCUUAAGUCUGUCUGUGCGUGUCAAAAAUUGUGUUACACAGGACAGGUGAUGUAACAAAUUUCCAUACACUGAGUCCGAUGCUGUAGAAACAUCGGUCAUCCCGUAUGAUAAUCGGCCACUGAGCGUCUAAUCACCAUUAUGUUAAUCAUGAAUAUCGUAAAUAGUAACUUAAAAGAGUAUGUACAUAAAACCAUCGUAGAAAAUAUGUGUUAUACCUUGUCAUCGUUUGUUUACUGGAUGGUUUUAUGAUUUCUCAUCCACUUAGUAAAAAAAUAAUACUAAAUAGCAUUUGGUUGUCAAACCAGUAAGGUAUCGAUCGAACUAUAAAAGCGUUCAUAGAGACUACUUUGUAGCUAGUACUACAAUUUCGUUCAAUUCUAUUGCUAUCCAGAGGGAACUAAUCUGUAUCAUCACUUAAACUUAUCACAAUACCCUUUAUACGAUCUAUUUGUGAGCAUUUCUUGAUUUAUAGUUAUUUGUGACAAGUAUUUUAUUGCAGUGUUGAUCUCAAUAAAUCGCAACUUAUUGGAAAUUAACUUUUUAGUUAGCUGAAUUCCAACAACGAAAUGAUUGAACUAAACUGUUUUUCAAUAUGCAGUAUAACGUUCAUUACUACAUUUUUACCGAAUGAAUUCUAAUAUCCACGCACUGACAUCUUUCUUAUUUAUUCGUUGUGUGUCACCAAAUUUACUUCAUUCAACAAACGUGAAUGGUUUCCAAACUAUCGUACGCGUACUACGUGUAGCCUGGUGGUAAGCCAACUAUUUCGAGGUCCUAAGGUCUUGGUCCAAAAUCAAAAUUUUUGGGUUUUCCGGUUUUU